UCCUCGCAUCCAAAAAAAACCUAACAGCCAGACUUGAUACUACUCUUGCUAGCUCUCUACACUCUUACAUCUCCACAUCCAAUUCUGCACCUAAGAAGGAAACCAUAGUCAUAAAUCCGUAGCAAUCCUACAAAGUCUAUAUACAUAUCCAAUUCUGCACCUAAAUUAUCUCAUCAAGAAAAGAAACUAUACUCAUACAUUCGUAGCCAUGACGGUGAAGAGAAGCAGAGAGGAAGCUCCAGCAGCAGAGACCGUAGAAGAAACCGCGGCCAUUAAUCUUCUGAUGCUUCUUUCUCGAGUAGGGGAGGCUACCACUUCUGCUGCAGCCGAUCAGGCGGCAACCCCAUCGGGUCGUGUUUUCGAGUGCAAGACAUGCAACAAGAAAUUUCCCACGUUUCAAGCGCUAGGCGGCCACCGGGCAAGUCACAAGAAGCUUAAACUCAUGGCGGAACUUCUCACUCAACCCAGCAAUUCGCCGCGGAAGCCUAAGAAGCACGAGUGCCCCUUUUGCGGACUUGAGUUUCCCUUGGGACAAGCUCUGGGGGGUCAUAUGAGACGACAUCGUGCUGCCAUGUUGGAGGGAAGGCGUGAAAUCGAUGAAUCACACGGUCGGAAGGUCGCGGUUCCAGUCCUGAAGAGGUCGAAUAGUAGCAAGAGAGUUUUUGGGUUGGACUUGAACUUGUCGCCUUUCGAGAAUGAUUUGCGGCAACUGAUGAAGGCACCCCUCCGGUUUGAAAAUAGCCAAAUACAGAAAGAGCGGUUUGUCAACGGCACACCAAUUGCUGAUCGUAACACUACUCUUCUAUAUAUGACCGUAAAGAGAAGCAGAGAAGAUAGGGAGGUUGAGGCAUUCGCCAUGGCCAAUUGCUUGAUGCUCCUCUCUAACAUGGCCAAAACUACUUCCUCUCCUCCGUCGUUGGACCGAGUUUUCACUUGCAAAACGUGUAACAAGCAGUUUUCAUCGUUCCAGGCGCUCGGGGGCCACCGGGCUAGCCACAAAAGGACUAGGCUGGUGGCUGCAGAUGGCCUUCAUGAUCAGAAUCACUCACCUGCUAAGCCAAAGACGCAUGAAUGCUCCAUCUGUGGCCUUGAGUUCCCUUUAGGCCAAGCUCUAGGAGGGCAUAUGAGACGACACCGUAAUGAUGGUACAGCCGGUGAUAAAUCCGAAGAAACACAGUCAGGGUCCCAGAAAUCCAAUAGCCAUAGCGAUAGUCAUAGAGCUUUGCUGUUAGAUUUGAACUUAACCCCUCGUGAGAAUGAAUUCAAGUUUGGUAGGUUGGAUUCUUUUAUGUAAAAUUUCCUAACUGUUUCUAGUCAUCGGAGUAGUUCUUUCCCCUUUUUAAUUUUGGAUACAGCUCUUGUUCAUUCAUUCUCGACACAUGUAUAUACAUACAGAGACAUAUAGAGAGCUACAUAUUUAUUCUUGUGUAGUGGAUAUAGCAGACAGUUAGUUUUUCUUGUCUGGUGGGGAAUAGCAUUAUUGACUCUUUAUUCUCGAAUCA